AUGGUUAAAAGAAGCAGAGCAGCUAUUUUGCCCACAAAUGUUAUUUUGUUGCAGAAUCUUGUCAAACGUGAUCCUCAGUCCUACAAAGAAGAGUUUCUCCAGCAGUACGAACAUUACUACCAUUUGAAAAAUAUCAUUGUUUUGCAAGAAGAAAACAAUUCAGAAUCAAUUCAGCAGUUUAUUGUACUUAUCGAUUUUGUCACUGCUGUUUCCACAUGUUUUCCAAAAGAAACUGCUGAGUUUCCCAAUGAUAUAAAAGAUCUAUUGUUGAACUCCCCACAGUCAUUGACCUCUGAAUUAAGAGAAAAACUAAUACAAUGCCUAGUGACGUUACGAAAUAAGAAAGUAAUAACAUCCGAAGAACUUCUUCUGAUUUUAUUUCCACUUUUAUCCAUUUACUCCUCCUCAAAUAAGGAUACCAUCCUGCACUCAAAUCUAAACGCAAAAGCUCUUAGAAAGCAGAUUUACUCAAAUUUAAUAACGCUAAUGAAAUCUGUUAAUAAUGGUGCCAAAAAUCAAAAAAUAAAUAGACUAGCUCAAUCAUUCUUGUUUAAUUUACUUAAGGAUAAAGAGGGCUCGCAAAGUUUAUGGGUUUCCAAAAUUGUUAGAGAACUAUGGAGAAGACAAAUUUGGUUCGAUGAAACUACAGUUCAAAUUAUGAAAGAAGCCACUUUACAUCCAAAUCCAAAAGUUGCUACAUCCGGUGCUAAUUUUUUCUUGGGAUCUGACAAUGAUAGAGAAGAAGCAUUGGCCGAUGAUUCUAGCGACGAUGAAGGAAUUGAUAUGAACUCCUUAAAACAUAGAUUGCAAAUCAAUAAAAAAUCCUCUAAAAGAGGCAAAAAAUUUGAAAAUGCUGUAAAACAAAUAAAGAAAAAAGAAAGAAAAAAUAAUAAUAAUAGUGGUGUCUCAUUGAAUUUUUCUGCCAUUCAUUUAUUAAGAGACCCCCAAGGUUUUGCAGAAGAAUUAUUUAGCACUCAUUUAAGUGGAAAAAAUUUCAAAAAAUUCGAUUUGGAUCAAAAAAUAAUAUUUAUGAAUUUAAUAUCCAGAUUAAUCAGUAACCAUAAGCUAAUUGUGUUGGGGAUUUAUUCGUUUUUCUUAAAAUAUUUAACUCCCAAACAGAAAAAUGUUACUCAAAUAAUGGCUGCCUGUGCUCAAGCUACCCAUGAUUUAGUUCCACCUGAAUUUAUCAAUGAAAUGGUUAGAAAAAUAGCCAACGAAUUUGUAUCCGAUGGAGUCUCAUCUGAAGCUGCAGCUGCUGGUAUAAAUACAAUCAGAGAAAUCUUAUCCAGAGCUCCAUUAGCCAUCGAUGAACCGUUGUUGCAGGAUUUAACUGAGUACAAAGGUUCCAAAGCCAAACCUGUCAACAUUGCUGCUAAAUCAUUAAUCUCUCUUUAUAGAGAAGUUGCACCAGAAAUGUUGCUCAAAAAAGAUAGAGGAAAGACUGCUAGCAUUCAAUUGCAAAAUAUUAAAAACGGUACAACUAAAGAGAAAAAAUUGAAUUUCGGUAACCAGAAUGUUGUAGAGAAUAUUCCUUAUAUUGAAUUAUUGAACGAGUACCAAAAAAAUAAUAAAGAAGAAAAUAAGGAUGAGGGAAAUGAUUCUGAUUGGAAUAUUGAUGAAAAUGAUGAAGAUGAAUCUGACAUGGAAUAUGGACCUUGGGUUAACGUUGACGACAAUGGUGAUGACGAUAUGAACGGAUUCAUAAAUAUAAAUGAUGAUUCUGAUGACGAAUCUAAUGAACAAGAAAAUGGAAAAAGUCUUAUAGAUUCAGAUCUUGACUUGUCAUCAGAUGAAGAAGAAGAUGACGAUCAAACUGCUCAAGAGGAUGGUAAAGUCCCCAACAAAGAAGUGAAACUAGAUGAAAUGCUUAUCACAAGCAGAAUUCUCACUCCUGCUGAUUUUGCUAAACUUGAUGAAUUGAAAAUGGAAGCAGGUAUUUCAAAAUUAAUAAGAGGUAAAUCACAACCUGUUAAUGAGGAAAAAAUUGAUCACUCAACUCUUGUUGGUCCAGUCAAGUAUAAAGAAAGCAAAAAAGAAAGAUUGACUAGAGUUCAAGAAGGAAGGGAAGACAGAGAAAAAUUUGGAUCUAGUCGUGGAAAGAGAUCCAAUCCACAUUCUACAACCAAUAGAGAGAAAGCUAGGAAGAAAAAUUUUGUCAUGAUGAUUCAUAAAAGAUCAGUUCAAGGAAAAGUUAAACUUUCAUUAAGAGAUAAACAAAAGGUCCUUAAAGCUCAUAUUUCUAAACAAAAGAAAAGAGGACAUUAA